AUGGCUAAUUUCAGAACUUUCUUUCUUCCCCUAAUCCUUUCCUUCCUCUUCUCUUCUCUUGUUAGUGCCACUUUCUACCAAACAAUCUCUCCAACGCUUUUGCGUUCUCAGGAGAAGCUCACACACAUUCGCUUUUACUUCCAUGAGCUUAUCACAAACGAAAAACCCUCCCUCAUCAUAAUCGACCCUCCUAAGGUUAUGUCCAACUCUCCCCUUCCAUUCGGCUCUCUAGUGGUGAUCGAGGACCCGUUGACAAUUGGGCCUGAUGUUGAGUCCAAAAGGGUGGGAAAGGCCCAAGGGUUUUACCUCUCUGCAACCCAAAGGCCUGGUUUGGAUUUGGAGAUAGUAAUGGGGAUGACCUUGACAUUCUUGGAAGGAGAAUUCAAUGGGAGCAGUUUGAGUGUGUUGGGGAGGAACGAGAUCAUAAACCCAGUGAGGGAGAUGCCAAUUAUUGGUGGCACGGGUGCUUUCCGCUUCGCACGUGGCUAUGUUCUGGCUCGGAGUGUCAAGGUUGAUUACCACAAAGGUGACGCCACCGUCGAAUACAAUGUCUACGUCUACCAUUAUUCCUCCACCACCUCUUCCUCUCAUGACUGUUUCAACGAGGGACUUCAGUUCAUGACCGACCCUAUUCUUAGCAAGAUAUAA